CUCAGUCACUUAGGAAACACUACUGAGCCUUACUCUUUGUAAUUUUUCUCAUAGGCAUAAUAAAGCAGUGAAGAGAAACUGAAGGAAGCAUUACAUGCCUUACUGGUCAGAAAACUGUUUCUGAAGUAUUUGGGCAAACUACAUGUAUAUGUAGUAAAAUCUACAAAGGCUGAAGGUGUGGAGAGCAUGGGUUACGACAUUGAGCGCUUCGUGGGCUAUGUCAAUGAGGGGCUGCUGUGCUCCAUCUGCCGAGAUGUGUUGGAGGAUCCGCUGCAGGCUCCCUGCGAGCACGCGUUCUGCACUGCCUGCAUCCAUGGCUGGCUUGUUCAUCACAGCAACUGCCCUGAGGACAGACAAGUCAUUGAUGUGUCUUUGCUACGACCUCUCUAUAGAUAUAUGAAAAAUGAUUUAAACCGUCUUCAGCUACAUUGCAGAAACAGAGAGUAUGGCUGUGAAAUGGUUUGUUCUCUGGAGUCUAUAGACAGGCAUGAAAGGGAGUGUGAGUACAGUCAGAUACCCUGCUCCAAUGCUGAUGCUGUCUUGCCUUGCUCCCCCUGCUCAGGUUGCACGGUGCAGAUCGAGCGGCGGAACCUGGACGGGCACCUGGCGGUGUGCGAGUACCGGAGCCGCGAGUGCCCCAACGGCUGCGGCUUCACCAUCCUCAGCGCCGAGGACACGCAGCACAACUGUGUGGCAGAGCUGAGGACUGAGCUGGAGCUGCUGCGGUCAGAAAUGAUCUGCAGAGUGGAGGAGGCAAAACAUGAGAUGGAGUCGAGGUUAGAUUCACAGAGAAGGCAUAUGGUCCAAAAAGAGAGUAUUCUGCAAAAUGAAAUUGAAGAACUAAAGAGUCAGAUGUCACGGCUGAUGUCGGAUGUGCGGUCUCUGAUGGCUGCAGAGAGGCAGCACCGCCAAGAGCUGGAGCAGGCAGAGCUGGAAAAGCGGGAGUUAAUGGAGCUGCUGAAGGGGCUGCAGAAGGACUGCAGAUUGACUACUACAGAGGGAAGCAGGAAGUCAAAUUUCCGUCCUUUGACACGACUAGAGAGUGUGAAAAGAAAACCUAGGGAAGUUACUGUUAUCUAA